GUUAAACCCUCCUUAAGCCCUUCGCUUUCCUCUGGGAAUUUGGUAUUCAUCCAUGGCAAUGGCUCGUCGAUUAGUUAGACCUUUAAGAGGAAUAGCCAAAAGGGUUUUGCUUCAGCAGCAACCCCAGCCAGUCAUCUUCAAUUUUACUAGAAAUUACAUAUCGGAGAUGCGUAGAGAAGCAUUUGAAGAGAACAUUCUCAGACUCCUCCGUUACGAGAUUCGCUACGAGCUUGAACAUUCUCCUCCCUCUCAGCCUAUCACAAAAUUUGAUUCAUUUAUCAUUGAUGAAAGGGCUGGAGAGCAAUGGAUUAAAUUAAACAAGAAAUUUGGAGAGAAUGAAGAAAUUAAAGUUGAAGUUACUAUGUUUGAUGCAUCUAUUCCUGUUCAAAAAGGUAGUGAUGUAUCUGCAGCAGAUGAUGUGCAACUUCACAUAACUAUGAUUGUCAAUGUUCUCAAAGGAGAAGGCAAUGAAGUGCUAGAGUUUGUUUGUUCUGCAUGGCCAAACAGCGUUGAGAUUCGUAAAGUUUACAUGCGUCGGCAGAAUGGCAUAGUGGAUCAGCCUUAUGUAGGCCCUCCAUUUAAGGAAUUGGAUGAUGAACUGCAGAAUUCUCUUUAUGAUUUCCUAGAGACAAGGGGAAUAAGCGAUGAACUUUGUGCAUUCUUACAUCAAUACAUGAAGAACAAAGAUAAACUUGAAUUUGUUCGCUGGAUGGAAAAGGCCAAAUCGUUCAUAGAGAAGAAAUAGAGAUAAGUGGUUGCAUUUCUCCCGCGAAUGUUGUUUUGCUGACUUGCUUGCGGACCAUUCUCUGGAUGUCAUUACUUGUGAAAAGUUAUACUUGCAGGUUUAGAAUGUGAAAGAAACACUUUUUAGCUCAAUUGGAAGUCUUGCCAUACUAAUAUAUGUCUUUUCAAGGUUUCCUACUACAUCAGAGACAAAUCAGCCUUACCGAGAAGACAGGCAAUAACAUUUACUAACUAGUUGAUGUAUUGCAUGAAGUUCAAAAUCAUCUCACAUACUUCAAUCACAAAGUUUACACUGCAUCUUAGCGAAGUUUACACCUGGCUUUGCUAUGAAGACAAUGCAUUUGGCGUAAUAGGUUUCUCCUUUCCUUGACCUCUCUGCCACAUACUUGUACUUGAACUUUUUAGAUUGCUAUGUGAAACACUGAUUUUGCUGGUGCAUAGAGAGCUUCCAGUAAUGGUCAUAAUGUUUAGGAGCAAACUAUUAUAUUAUGUAUUUGUGGUCUACUUCAGUAGCAAUUUAGUCAGUUCAAUUUUGAGCAAGCUUCCGCUUUCAACUUAAGACGUUUUCAUUGUAACCAUGUCCCUCAUAUGGGCAUUGUCUUUUACUGUUUCAAAAACUCAACUAUCCUGGAAAAGGCAAAUUAUAUUUGGCUAUA